AUGGACGUGCACAUGACGCGGGACGGGCAGCUCGCCGUGGUGCACGGCACAACGUUCCGCACCAAGCUCGCGCCCUCCCUGCCACCGCUCCCGUCCGUGCAGUCCAUGCAGCAGGAGGGGCAGCAGGGGGGCCGACAGGGACGGUGGGAGGAAGGGGAGAGGGGAAAGAGCAAGGAGGAAGCACCUCGUGUGGAGGAUUUGCCAUGGGAGGUGGUGGGACAGGCAGACGCUGGAGGGUGGUUUGACCCCAAGUUCAAACACACCCCCUUGCCCUCCCUCACCCACGUGGUGCAGCAUUUCUGGCAUGCUGAUGUUACGCUAGCUCUGGACCUUAAGAUUGACCUGUGCGGGGAGACCAGGCAGAGAGAGCAGGUUCAAAACAGUGCAGGGGCGGAGUGUGUGAGUGAGGAGGAAUGGGCUGAUCGGUAUGCAGAGACCUUGGUCACAUGGCUGGAUGCUGUCCGGCCCUCCAACGCCUCUCUUUCUUUCCUGGAGGCGCCUCUUCCGCGUCUGCGUGUGCUGCUAACCUCGUUUCACUUCCGGCUCAUCGACUCCCUCUUCCUCUUUCUAGACCGGCCGUCACCCCGGGCACCUGGGCCUCUUCGGCAGGGAAUUGCAGCGCAGAAGCCGUACUCGACACUUGGCGUACCCGUCGUUAUCGUAGCUGGUGGGGUGUACGACCCGCUAACGGACAAAGUCUUCAACCAGGCAUGGCAGGUCAACGCGCUCACGACGCGUCAAGUCGGCGAUUCCGCCAACCCCGACGCGAACAACAACGCGGCGCUUUCCGGGUGCGCCGUCGCGGUUGACGGCAGCGCGUAUAUCGCCUCGGGCGGCAAAUACCUCAACGUGCUUCAAUACACGUCCACCGCACCUGUCGCAGGCACGCCGUAUCCAACGCCGCUGAAUGCGACCUCCAUCUCCAUCGGCGGCCCGUCGCAGCGCAUGCUCGUCGUCGCAGACGGAACCGCCGAGGCUAACGGCGCGAUCAGCAUCGACCGGACGACCCUCGCGACGGUUCAGAUCGUCCCCGCGGGGUGGCAGUGCCUCUCCUCCGCGUUCUGCGCUGCCUCCGCGCUCUUCGCGUGCCACCGCGUGUCGGACGACGCGAAUGCGAUCAUCGAGGUGCCGUUCGAUGCGGCGACGGGCGCGUUCCAGCCCGCAAGCGCCGCCAUUAACUCGAUUCCCUACCCCGCGACUGAGGCCGUGUGCUCUCCUCAGGGCACUUUUGUCGCAGUCCUGCGACAAGACGCGAAUAUUCUGUACACGUAUGCGACGCCGCUUACGAGCUCCGCGACGCCGCUCACGACCACCACGCUGACUCCUGGCAUGCCCGGGUCGCUCGCCGUCGACGCGAUGCGGGAGGAGUUUCUCGUGACGAGCGCCGCGGAUUUCCCGGGUCUUCCUGGCGACGCGUACCUGGGAGCGAUGGACUUUGUACCCUUUUCAGAGGGCACCGGCGUGGAUCCAGGAUUCGAUACAAGCGGCGCGUUUGAAUACACUACGUCCGCCCCCUCCGGCGGACAGGUUGCGGUGUAUCCCAGUCCUCCAACCGCGUACAUCGCGCUUCCGGAGGGGCUUUAUGGCGUGCGAAUCGUCGGCACGGGCCAGCUCGACACGGGAGCUGCGAGCUUCGCGACGCUCUCUGCGACGGUUGAUGGCUGGAGCUACUUCGCCACGACAGUCUGCGCGCAGCGCCAUGUCAAAGCACCGCCGCCACCGUCGCCGCCGCCUCCGCCGCCAAGCCCGCCGCCGAAACCGCCGAGCCCUCCGCCAAAGCCGCCGAGCCCGCCUCCCCGCCCGCCUCCUCCGCCAAAACCGCCGAGCCCUCCCCCGAAGCCGCCAAGCCCUCCCCCGAAGCCCCCCAGCCCCCCGAAGCCACCGAGCCCGCCGCCGAAGCCCCCCAGUCCGCCCCCAUUCCCGCCACCUCCCCCCAAACCGCCCAGCCCUCCCCCCAAGCCGCCCAGCCCCCCGCCGAAGCCGCCCAGCCCUCCGCCGAAUCCCCCGCCGCCGCGGCCGCCGCCUCCGCCAGCCGCGGUGGUGACGGUAGCGUCGAUUUCGGUGAUGUCGCUCGAGGCGGACUCGCGGUUCAUCGCCGUCACGGGCACCGUCACCCACCCGCCCGCCUCCACCGCUCCGUCCGCGCGGAAGGCUCCUCCAGUGCACAGGACGUGCUCGCUGGGCGCGUUCCACAACUGCCCCGUGACUCUCGACUGCCGCGAUAACCGCGCCGCCAAGGGCUGCUCGUGCCUACUGGGAAGCAAGAACGCCACGUGCCGAUACCCGCACAACUGUCUGGACGCAGCGUCGUGCCCCGUGCGCGCGGUGUGCAGGGAGAACGCGGCGGGCGUCAAGGUGUGCGCGUGCCCCAGGCGCUACAUGCCGCUCAAGCGCGACGCCAGCGACCGCGCGUUCGCAUUCUGCGCCAAGUCGCGCUGCGCGGGGACGGCCGCUUUCACUGGCUUUGGCUGCACGCUGCGCGCCAUUGCGGACAAUGCUUACGGCGCCGCUACUGGCAUAAUUGGAUAG